CCGUCGGCCCGUUUAACACCUGCAGCUGCAAGCAACGCUAUUCAAAGAUCCGUUUGGCAACUACAAGAAUUUUGGACUUUUCCAGUACCUUUUCGCCCACUGGAGGGCGACAACUACGAAGCUGCUCCCAUCUCAUUCACUUCGUUGCAUCCGCCAUUUUCCUCGCUAAACCCCCGCCUCCCUCGAUUCCACAGCCACAGCAGCCAAACGCGGUCUAUUAAUCCUCUGCUUCCGGCCGCCGUCUGCAGGCCACGUGACGCAACUGGAAACCGCGCCGCUCUGCACUUGCCGGCCAGAUGUCUUCUCAGUCGCUUCAUUUCUUCACCCCUUCCUCCACCGCCUGCCCGAACAUUACCUUCCCAAAGCCUUCACUUCCGUUUCCCAACCGCCGCUCACCGUUCGCUUCCUCACCUAGGACAUUUUCGAUCAGAGCCGUUUCGGCGUCUUCAGAUCCCAAUCCGGCACCGCCGCCUGUCGUUGUUGCCGACAAUGGAGCGGGGAGCCGGGUUGUGGCGGCGGCGGAUUCCAGCUCAAUCGAUGUGGAUAAGGUCACGGAGGCGGAGUUGAAGGAGAAUGGGUUCAGGAGCAGCAGGAGGACGAAGCUGGUGUGUACGAUCGGGCCGGCUACCUGUGGCUCCGAGCAGCUGGAAGCGUUGGCCGUCGGAGGAAUGAACGUGGCGAGAAUCAAUAUGUGCCACGGCACUAGGGAGUGGCAUAAGCGGGUGAUUGAGCGCGUCCGGAGGUUGAACGAGGAGAAGGGAUAUGCGGUUGCGAUUAUGAUGGAUACCGAAGGGAGUGAGAUUCACAUGGGAGAUCUCGGCGGUGCUCCGUCCGUCAAAGCGGAGGAUGGUGAAGUCUGGACUCUCAGCGUGAGAGCCUAUGAUGGAAAUCGCCCUGAACGUACAAUUACUGUAAAUUAUGAUGGUUUUGCAGAAGAUGUGCAAGUUGGGGAUGAGUUACUUGUGGAUGGUGGAAUGGUUCGGUUUGAGGUGAUUGAAAAAAUCGGUCCUGACGUCAAAUGUAUGUGCACUGAUCCCGGGUUGUUGCUGCCCCGUGCUAACUUGACUUUCUGGAGGGAUGGAAGUUUGGUACGAGAACGUAAUGCUAUGCUUCCUACAAUUUCAGCCAAGGACUGGUUGGACAUUGAUUUUGGAAUUGCAGAGUCUGUUGACUUCAUUGCAGUAUCAUUUGUGAAAUCGGCUGACGUGAUAAACCAUCUUAAGAGCUACAUAGCUGCACGCUCUCGUGAUAAUGACAUAGCAGUCAUAGCAAAGAUAGAGAGUAUUGAUUCGCUGAAGAACUUGAAAGAGAUCAUUGAAGCAUCAGAUGGAGCUAUGGUAGCAAGAGGAGAUCUGGGUGCUCAGAUCCCAUUGGAACAGGUACCGGCCGCACAGCAAAGGAUUGUUGAGGUGUGCAGGCAACUGAAUAAACCAGUCAUUGUUGCGUCUCAAUUGCUUGAAUCUAUGAUCGAGUAUCCUACACCUACAAGAGCGGAGGUAGCCGAUGUCUCUGAGGCAGUUAGGCAAAGGUCGGAUGCAUUGAUGCUCUCUGGUGAAUCUGCUAUGGGUCAAUUCCCAGACAAGGCUUUGACUGUUCUUAGAAGUGUGAGUGUGAGAAUUGAGAAGUGGUGGAGAGAUGGGAAACACCACGAAGCUAUGGAACUGCCAGCUGUUGGUUCAUCAUUUUCUGAUCGUAUUUCAGAAGAGAUUUGCACCUCUGCUGCCAAGAUGGCAAACAACUUGGAGGUGGAUGCCCUUUUCGUCUACACAAAGACGGGGCACAUGGCAUCUCUAUUGUCACGCUGCCGACCUGAUUGCCCCAUCUUUGCCUUCACAACAUCGACAUCCGUACGAAGGCGGCUGAACCUUCAGUGGGGGCUGAUACCUUUCCGCCUGGGGUUUUCCGACGACAUGGAAAGCAACCUCAACAGGACCUUCUCCUUGCUCAAGGCUAGAGGAAUGAUCAAAUCCGGCGACCUUGUUAUUGCCGUCUCGGACAUGUUGCAGUCCAUCCAAGUCAUGAAUGUGCCUUGAAUAACACAGCGCGAAGUCUCCGCUCCAGACUGCAAUUGCUGCCGCUACUCCCCCGAUGUCUCCUAUUAUUACUAGUUUGGUUUAUUGCGACUAACAAGAGAGAUGCAAGGUAGUGCUGAUCAGCAGCAAUAAGGUUGCUCUUGGUCUUAUAAGUAUGUAUACUGUUUCUUGCUGCUUUCCGGGUUUUCUUCUUUCGUCGUUGUAUCAAAUGAUUAGGCUAGGCACAACUGUAGCUUUGUUGCAGAAACUUGGGGUGACUGGAUUUCCUUGUUUGGCAAACGCUGGUUAAUGCAUUCAAAGCGCCCAUUUUGGGAAUCUCCUCUCACAUUUCUUUUACGUAAUGGGU